UAGCCUACCACUUCCUGGUCAAGCAAGCAGCAGGCAGGGCAGCAAGAACAUCGUUUGCGGAACAAUACUACACACACACACACACACACCCGUCCAUCUGGAAACACGGGACUGACUGUGCAUGCCAACACUGAUUGCGUUGGUGACUGUAGGCCAGGCAGGGAGGUGUGUCUAGUGCAGUUGUAAGGAAGAGGUAAAUGGGUGGUGCUUGUGUGAAUAUCGUGGCGCCCGAGUGGAGGUGUUUUGUAGGUGACUGUGUAUCAACAGAUGCGUCUGUGUCCUAGUAAAAGCACUGCGGCUGUUAAUCUGGACAGAAGCAGCUCGUAGGCGACCUGACCGUGGAGAUCAUGGAGCACAGCCCUCCACACUUCCUCCAGCAGAAGGGCUAAGAGAAGCUUCCAGGCAGCGCUGACUGACCGCUCUGCUCCCCCAUGGCCAACAACAGCAGUCCAGACCAGGGCCAGAGCCAGGGUCAGGGCCCCAUAGCCAACAGCAGCUCAUCAGCUCAGCCUCUGGGCCAUGCCGGGGCUGUAGUGGCCUCGUCCACCCAGCCUGAUUUGGUGGUGUACUGCAAGCUGUGCCUUAGUGAGCACCCCUCAGCAGCAACCAGCACGCUGCACACCUGUGACUGUGUCUUCUGUACCCCGUGUCUGCAGCAGUAUGUUCAGCUGGCCAUCCGGGAGGGUGGGGGCAGCCCGGUCACAUGUCCAGACAUGGCUUGUCUGAGGACAGGAGUCCUACUCCACUCAGAGAUAGCCUGUUUUGCUUCUGCGGAUCAGGUUGAGCUGUACCAGCGGCUGGAGUUUGAACGAGGGGUGCAGCUGGACCCUAGUAGAGCAUGGUGCCCGGUGCUGGAGUGCCAGGCUGUCUGCAGCGUCGGGCCCAGCUCAGAGGGCCAGCCUACGUCCGUUCCCUGUCUAGCCUGCCACACCGUCUUCUGCUCUGGCUGUAGAGGGCCCUGGCAGGACGGGCACGCCUGCCCCGAGCACCAGCCUAUGACAUCAUCUGCCUCAGAGAGCAGCCUUCAUGCUGGGGGCCGGUCAUGCAGUGACUCUGAUCUGCCCAUCAAGCAGUGCCCCAUGUGUGGUGUGUACAUCGAGAGGAACCAAGGCUGUGCCCAGAUGCUGUGUAAGAGCUGCAAACACACCUUCUGUUGGUACUGUCUGCAAAACCUGGAUGGUGAUAUAUUUCUGAGGCACUAUGAUAAGGGGCCAUGCAGGAACAAGCUGGGCCACUCCCGAGCCUCCGUCAUGUGGAACAGAACACAGGUGGUGGGCAUCCUGGUUGGUGUCAGUGUCAUCGUGCUGGUGGCCUCUCCUCUCCUCCUUCUGGCUUCACCCUGCGUCCUGUGCUGCCUGUGCAAGCCCUGCCGAGGCAAAAAGAAGAGGAGGAAGAAGAAAGAGCUCACACAGACAGACAUACAGCCAGAACUCAGUCCCACCAAGUCAUAAAGAAAGACGGCUCCUUAUUCUCACCACGGUCUGGGAAUGGAACCAUUGUCAAUUCAGGAACUGAUUUUAAUUAAUGAAUGAAAACACUUAAUUGAAAAGAAUGGGGUAAUUUCCAAAUCAUUGCAUUUUAAAUAAUGUUAUUGAAUUGACAGAAUUGAAAACUGACUAGUACCCAGAUUCCCAACAUCUCACACACACAUACAGUACAGGACCACUGUCUACCACCUUCAUGUGCCAAAUGUCACGAUGCCAAACCAGUCUUGUUACAGUAGGUGCACAAGUGCCUCCAUCCUACAGUGCCUGGUAUUUGUUUUGCCUUCCAUUAUAUUAUGCAAAAAUGUGUGUUGUUUAUGAAAAGAACAACUGUAUGUAACAUAGGAAAAAAUCCGUAACCAAUGCAAAACAUUGUUUCAUAAUGUGCUGUGGAAGCAUUGUGCUGUGGAAACUGCAUUGUGCACUGUAUUGGAUACUGGGAGAAAAAUGUGUACAUCCAAAAUGGCACCCUAUUCCCUACAUAGUAUGCUACUUUUGACCAGUCCCUGGUCAAAGGUGUGCACUAUAAUGGGAAUAGGGUGCCAUUGUGGAAGUACCCAAUGAUAUAGGGCUUCAAAGGUGCACAUAUAAAUAUUUUCUGCUGCUGACAGAUAGUUUCCACCUGGAAUUCCAGACCAAAUUUCUGUUGGAUUCUAUAUACUACUACUACUACUACUAUAAUGUAUCUAAAUAUGUAUUUAUAGAAUUGUGUAUAUGGUGGGUCCUGUCUUUUAUACUUUUUUCGUUGAUGUUUCUACAUCAGAUAUUUUGUAAAAGAUCCAUUGUAAUUGAAAUAAACAACAGAUAUUGAACAUG